AUGUGCAGCAUCAACCACGGGACGGCCACCGUAUUGCACAUUAAUGAACAGCGUUGAUACAGCAAAUACAAUUCAUUAUGAGGGUGAUGAAGACUCACAACUGGGCUGACAUUUUACACUGCAGAAGGAAGCGAAGCUGUGAAGACUUUAAUGGCCAGAAAUCAACUGUUGCCAUUAACAAAGGAACAUAAUGGAAGGCGGAAGGAUAAAAGACAGCAAUAUAAAACAGACCACACCUAUUCCUUUUUGGAUGAAUAUUCUUGGCUCUGGAUUAUUACAAGACAAUGACAAGGAACGAUGACCGCCUUUAUACAGCAGAGGGCAACACUGCUCAGAGGAAAUUCGAAAAAGCUUCAAUAGUACCGUACAGUGGUCAACACACUUAUUAAUAAACAGCCUGUCAUGAACACUAGAGUCCACCCAGCAUUAUGAACGCUUUCAAUUUCAGUAACGUUUUACCGUUUUAAACAGGAAUCAGGAAUUUCAAACAGAAUUCACCUCGUUAUACCCAAAUUUGACUCACUGGGCUUCUCUGAGAAUCCAGAAAUAAUAGGAAUGAAGCACAUCAAACUCAAACAAUAUUUUGCUGCUCGAGAAUCCAUGUGAAUAACUAUUAUUUACUAUUUGUUUUGGUAAAUGAUACUGUAAUGCCCUCGUAUGAGGUCACGAAAUAAAAAUGGAGAGCAAUAAUAAUAAUAUACAGUAUAUAGCCUGUAAAUAUGUAUGUAACUAUUGAUAAUUAUAGCCUACUCAAUAAUUAUCAUAAACCAUAAAUCAAUAUAUCACUAUAUUUGAUCAUUUAUAGCAUUAGAAAAAUUGGUCAAAAGUGGUUCUAUACAUAUGGGCGUAUUUCUUUAAUUCAUGGAUAGUAAUAUUUAAACAUAAAAAAUUAUUUUGGUGCAUAAUGCAUAAAUCAUUGUGUGGUGGUCCAAUUAAUUUUUUGACGGACUGUUACGGACAAUUUAAUAUAUACAUAGUUUUAUUAUUGUAUUAUAUUAAGUUAAUUUAAAAAAAAAAAAAACUUUUUCAUUUUUUCCCUUUUAAUCAUCACUUACGUACAUGUGAUCGUCACCUUCCGGUGUGAUGACGCGGCACGCCGGCCGUUUUGGCUCCGCCUCUCUUUUUGUUACUGUGGAAACCGUUGCAAUUGAGGCAGGCAAGGGGAGUGUACUGCAAGUCUGUCGUUGCAAGUGGACGGCUACUCGGAGCCUCCUCGUCUAGCUGCCAAAGGUUAGCCGAGCCCGCUAGCCCACGCUGAGCGCUUCGCUGUCCGCGGUAUCGAAGACGGUUCGCGACGAGCAACUGACGCCUGUUUGUUUAUGGAAUAACAUCCUCGGGUUGCUGCUGUCUUUGUCGAGAAACGUGCACACAUUUUGGCUCAAAGAGAGACACACACUGCUGACAAGUACACACAAAACUUGUGCAAUCAAAAAGCUUUCCAUCACCCCAUGCAGCCGCUGUAAACACAGUUAGAGAGUAACUCCAACACACACACACACACACACACACACACACACAGAGGAACAAAGCUGCUACCCUGCUGAGCUGCAGGAGCAUUUUCACUUAUCAAACCUUCAAAAGGCAUGAUGGACGGAAUAAGAUUUUCAUCAUCAGUAUUUUGCAGGGUGAUAACCACAAUUUAACUUCAAAGAAGUUAAUAAAAUAAAAAGCACAUAGCAAAGCACCAAUGGGAGAACAGGAAACUUUAGACCUUGACGAGAAGAGGAGGCCAAUGGAAGUCGACAGCGAAAGUGAGGCAGAGGAUGCAGAGGAAUCAUCGGGCGAAGGUAGAGGCAUGCAGACCCCCCUGCACCGCUGGGUCAUGCACGGAGCAGUGAUGUUUGGCCGGGAAUACUGCUAUGCUAUGGAAACUGCCCUGGUCAUACCAGUGUUGCUCCAGAUAGGCCUGCCUGAGCAAUAUUACAGUCUAACAUGGUUCCUCAGUCCUAUCUUUGGUCUCAUCCUCACACCUGUGAUGGGCUCGGCCAGUGACCGCUGUACGCUGCGAUGGGGUCGGAGGAGGCCAUUCAUACUGGCUUUGUGUGUUGGUGUACUGCUCGGUAUGGCAAUGUUCUUAAACGGAUCACUAAUUGGGCUUUCCAUUGGUGAUCGCCCUGGUAGUCAGCCAGUGGGCAUCAUCCUCACAGUUUUGGGAGUGAUGGUGCUGGACUUUAGUGCUGAUGCGUGUGAUGGACCGAUUAGAGCUUACCUUCUUGAUGUUGCGGACACAGAGGAGCAAGAUAUGGCCCUAAAUAUCCACGCCUUUUCAGCAGGGCUUGGUGGCGCCUUGGGCUACAUGCUAGGCGGUCUCGACUGGACUGGCACCUCUCUGGGUCAAGCGUUUAAGUCACAGCAGCAAGUCCUCUUCCUUUUCACAGCCAUCAUUUUCAUUAUCUCUGUCAUACUGCACAUGUUCAGUAUCCCUGAGAAACAAUUUGUGGCAUCCCAGCAGUUUAAUAUCAAAGGAAGAAGGACUUCAGCCAGUCAAUCAUCUUACCGACUAGUUAGUCACACACCACAGCUUCUUGAGGUCAUUGCAGAGGAGGACCCCCCUUUCGGAGAUAACCACCAAUCAGAUCCUAAGGUUGAGGAAAUGGACUUCCUGAUUAUGGAGCGAAUGCGGAGUAAAAGCGAUUCAGUCUUGGCCAUGCCAGACACGACAAUCAACCUGGAUCCUGACCUUGACCUGCAGAUCCAGCUUUUCUUGCCAGAGCUACACCAGGCUUUACCUGAAAUCCAGGAAGGUCUAAAAGAUUCGUUCAAGCCUUCGAAGCAGAGUAUUGGGUCUUUGAGUCCUGGCGGACCACCAAAACCUGCAGAUCGAAUAGUGGUUGGGGAAUCUGGAGAUUCUGCUUUUUCUGAGCUUAAUGGUCAGAUUAAUGGUCCUCCUGAAGUUAGUCCUGCCUCUGACGGCUCACACAUGAAACCAAAUACCAAGCUGGCUAAUGGUGCUGGUGUCAAUGCUGGCUUGUCUUCCACUGAGCACUGCAAUGCAAACAAAAGCCACACCUCCAACAAAACUGGCACUCGGCUCCUCAGCGCCACAUCUUCGCCGCGCCCACACAAACAUACGUUCUACCGACAACCUUCUUUUACAUUCUCUUAUUAUGGACGAGUGGGAUCCCAGCGUCACCGAUUGCGACGGACAACCACCUCUAGUCCUCCGCCAAUCACCACUUCCCGCAGUCUGAAUGAUCUUAGUGAUCUGCAGAUGAAUGCAGACAGGCGGGAGUUUCAGUUGUCGGAAAGCAGUCUUUCUUCAGUGGACUCCAGCAGUGAUGACGGGCCCAACGGGGGCACAACUGUACGACUGCUGUGGUUGUCAAUGCUGAAGAUGCCAAAGCCGCUGUGGAGGCUGUGUGUGUGUCACCUGGUCACAUGGUUUUCCUAUUUAGCUCAAGCUGUCUUCUAUACAGAUUUCAUGGGCCAAGUCAUCUUCCAUGGAGACCCCAAGGCACUAGCUAAUUCCACAGAGUUCCAGAAUUACAACAGCGGCGUGCAGAUGGGGUGCUGGGGGCUUGUGGUCAAUGCUGCUACUGCUGCUGUCUGCUCAGCCAUCCUUCAGAAGUACCUAGAUAACUUUGACCUGAGCAUCAAGGUCAUCUACAUUAUGGGGACUCUGGGCUUCGCAAUAGGAACUGCGGCGAUGGCCAUCUUCCCGAAUGUCUACGUCGCCAUGGUGAUGAUCAGCAGCAUGGGCAUCAUCUCCAUGAGCAUGUCUUACUGUCCAUAUGCCUUACUAGGACAGUACCAUGAAAUUAAAGAGUACAUCCACCACAGUCCAGCCAACAGUAGAAGAGGUUUUGGUAUUGACUGCGCUAUCCUAUCAUGCCAAGUUUAUAUAAGCCAAAUUCUAGUCGCAUCGGCACUGGGAGCGGUCAUCAAGACUGUGGGCAGCGUGCGAGUCAUUCCGAUGGUGGCGUCCGGCAGCUCCUUCCUCGGCUUCCUCGUCGCCUGUUUCCUCGUUAUUUAUCCUGACGAGGAUUCCAAGGACCAGGAGUUGGCCUGUUUGUCACUUGAGCUGGACCAGAACGGAGAAGAAGGUGGUGAGAGAUUGGCUCUCCAGAAGAUGGCAGACAGAGAUAGUCUCAAAAAUACUGAGACACAACCAGUCGCCUGAGCGUAAACUUGUAGGGGGAAGAAGGAGAAAUGAGGCCUAGAUGGAAAAUUAUUAGAAAAAAAAUAACCACAGCAUUAUAGUGAAGAUGGAUUUGCACAGAUUUGUCCCAUUGGUAUGAGGAGUGUUCUGCACGUCCCGUUGCUACCUCAGCUCGAACAGGCUAAUGUGGACUAGACAGACUGAACGAGCCUGGAAGAAAGUUUGACAAGAAACGUUUCAGUGAAGGACAAAGUGAGACCUGGUGAUGCUGUAUUGUUAUGUAAUGCCUUCUAGCUUCUUCAUAGAUGAUCACAAUGGUGGGAAAGUGUCACUUUGGCCUCUCCUGCAUUAUCUACAUUAUUGGCUAAGGAGCGAUGUAAAUACAUGUCCCAGUCAGGUUAAUAUAAAAACGAAGCUCUACAUUUUGGGUUUGUCUGGUGUCGUUUGCCCCCGUACAGACGGAUGUGCUUUAAUUCACUGUGAUAACAUUGCAAGCAUUUACAUAACAGGCUUCUGUGCCAUUAGUAGAGCCUGUAUUAUUAUUUGUUGAUGAGAACACUAUGCACCCUUAUGCAGGAACCCCAGUGGCAUUUAAAUGCAAUGUGAAAUGAUACAUUAUGCCAGUUUUGCCAAAGUUUAGGCCGCACAUCAUUUCUUAACUACACUCAAAAGUGAAAUUCCUAGCUCACAUCCUCAGGUACCCGAGUGGCAAUCAACUUUGGCAGAGUGACUUGGUUUCUUUAGAAGUAUUUUGUCAUAAGGUGCCUUUUUUUUUUUUUUACCUCCCACUGUGGCUUAUAAUUAUAUUUCUGGAUUAGUAUAAUAAUGCCCUUUAAAUAGUAACUAGGCCAAUCAUGCAGCCUGCGAAAAACUUUUGACUAUGCAAGGUGAUAUUCAGGAGUUGUAAAUCUACUAUGCAGUCUGAUAAGUUACUGUAAGUGCCUUUUAGUGCAGAAGGCUCAGAAUGGGCAUAGCAGUUAGUUUUCAAGUAAUAAUUUGGGUUGUGCAACAAUUUGCUCUGAAAGCCCUCAUUCAACUCAGGAAAUGAUGGCGAUUAAUAUUUAAAAACAAAAGCAAAUUCCUUGUUGUGAGCCACCAAAAGGUCUUUGAUUUGUUAUCUUACAGGUACGAGUGGCACAUUGAAGCCUGGAACAGGGUGUGUUAUGUGUGGCAAUAGUUUGGAUUUUAUGUACUGUAGUAUGUUAAGAUUUGUAGCUGUAUUCUGUUCCGUGUCACCAACGUUUGGGGUGGUUUUCUUAUUGUUGCUGAACAGAUUUUUUAUAAAGAUUUAAGCUGUUUUUGAAACCACUCCUUUUGAAGAAGAAGAAAAAUGUUGAA